GGAUUGUUUUGGGUGUUGCACGUCUCACGGCGCCGUUAGCAGUUAGCUCUUUGAGAGGAGUGUGUUCGCUUUAUGGAAGGAGUAACUGGGUUGUUUUUUUUAUGUGUAUGAUGCAUCGCUAAUAAUUUACCCUAUUUUGACGCAGACAUGGCGCUUUCUAUGGAGACGCAGCUCCAGAGCAUCUUUGAAGAUGUGGUGAAAACGGAGAUGAUAGAAGAGGCCUUUGCUGGGAUGUUUAUGGACACUCCUGAGGAUGAGAGGACUAAACUGAUCAGUUGUCUCGGGGCCUUCAGACAAUACUGGGGAACACUGCCACAGGAGUCUCAUGAACAGUGCGUACAGUGGAUAGUGCGGUUUAUUCACAGUCAACACAGUCCUAAGAGAAUCUCCUUUCUCUAUGACUGUCUUGCGAUGGCUGUGGAGACCAGCCUGUUACCACCAAGGAUGGUGUGUGUAGCUCUGAUAAGCUCAGAUAGCUUGGAGUGGGAGAGGACUCAGUUGUGGGCAUUAACGUUCAAACUCAUCCGCAAGAUCAUUGGUGGUGUGGACUACAAGGGUGUCCGGGACCUGCUGAAACCUGUUCUGGAUAAAAUUCAAACCAUUCCUACCACUGUCAGUUCAGCCAUAGUCCAGCAGCUUUUGGCUGCAAGAGAGGUUGUAGAGUAUAUUCUAGACAGAAACGCCUGUCUCCUGCCAGCCUACUUUGCCAUCACAGAAAUCAGAAAACUGUAUCCAGAGGGUCAGCUGACACACUGGCUUCUAGGCAGUUUGAUAUCAGACUUCGUGGACAGUUUCAGACCCACAGCGAGAAUCAACUCUAUCUGUGGGCGAUGCAGCCUGUUACCUGUAGUGAAUAACAGUGGAGCCAUCUGCAACUCCUGGAAAUUAGACCCCACUACUCUUCACUUUCCCCUGAAAGGAAUGCUGCCUUAUGACAAGGACCUGUUUGAGCCACAGACAGUCUUGCUGCGCUAUGUGCUAGAACAGCCGUACUCGAGAGAGAUGGUGUGCAAUAUGUUGGGACUGAACAAGCAGACUCUGAACAUUGCCCAGCAUAAGCAGCGUUGCCCAGUGCUCGAGGAGCAGCUGGUGGACCUGGUGGUGUACGCCAUGGAGCGCUCAGAGAAAGAGGAACACUUUGACGCCGACAUCGGAGGAACGAGCCAACUGCUGUGGCAGCACCUCUCUUCCCAGCUCAUCUUCUUUGUUUUGUUUCAGUUUGCAAGCUUCCCGCAUAUGGUUCUGUCAUUACAUCAAAAGCUUGCAGGUAGAGGUUUGAUUAAAGGGAGGGAUCACCUGAUGUGGGUCCUGCUGCAGUUCAUAUCAGGAAGCAUUCAGAAGAACGCCUUGGCUGACUUCCUGCCUGUUAUGAAACUCUUUGACCUGCUUUACCCAGAAAAAGAGUGCAUCCCUGUUCCUGACAUUAACAAGCCUCAGUCAACUCAUUCAUUUGCCAUGACCUGCAUCUGGAUCCACCUCAAUCGCAAAGCUCAGAGCGACAAUUCCAAACUACAGAUACCCAUACCGCACUCUCUGAAGCUACACCACGAGUUUCUCCAGCAGUCGCUGCGUAACAAAACUCUUGGCAUGUCCGACUACAAGAUCGCCCUGCUGUGUAACGCCUAUAGCACAAACUCUGAGUGCUUCACUCUGCCUAUGGGUGUCCUAGUAGAGACCAUCUAUGGUAAUGGAUCUAUGAGGAUCAACCUGCCUGGCACCAACUGUGUGGCGUCAGGUUCUGUAACACCACUGCCUAUGAACCUGCUGGAUUCACUCACAGUACACGCAAAAAUGAGUCUAAUCCACAGCAUUGCCACACGGGUGAUAAAGUUGGCUCAUGCCAAAUCCAGCAAUGCCCUGGCGCCGGCACUGGUAGAAACAUACAGCAGACUGUUGGUCUACAUGGAGAUCGAGUCACUGGGCAUCAAAGGAUUCAUUAGCCAGUUGUUACCCAACGUGUUUAAGUGUCACGCGUGGGGAAUCCUUCACACUCUCCUGGAGAUGUUCAGCUACAGAAUGCACCACAUCCAGCCGCACUACAGGGUCCAGCUACUGAGUCAUCUGCACAGUCUGGCUGCCGUAGCCCUGACCAACCAGAAUCAGCUGCAUCUGUGUGUUGAGAGUACAGCUCUGCGCCUGAUCACAGCGUUGGGGAGUUCAGAAGUUCAACCACAGUUUACUCGCUUCCUAAAUGAUCCAAAGACAGUUUUGUCAGCUGAGUCCGAGGAACUGAACCGAGCCCUGAUCCUCACCUUGGCCAGAGCCACACACGUCACUGAUUUUUUCACAGGGUCUGACUCCAUCCACGGGACUUGGUGUAAAGACAUUCUCCAGACCAUCAUGAACUUCACACCUCAUAACUGGGCUUCACACACUCUGUCCUGCUUCCCUGCUCCACUGCAGGCGUUCUUCAAGCAAAACAAUGUCCCUCAGGAGUCUCGUUUUAACCUGAAGAAAAACGUGGAAGAGGAGUACAGGAAGUGGAAAUCUAUGGCCAAUGAGAAUGACAUCAUCACCCACUUCUCCAUGCAGGGCUCUCCCCCACUCUUCCUCUGUCUGCUGUGGAAGAUGCUGCUGGAGACGGAUCACAUCAACCAGAUAGGCUUCAGGGUUUUGGAGCGAAUUGGGGCUCGUGCCCUUGUGGCUCACGUGCGCACAUUUGCAGACUUCCUUGUCUAUGAGUUCUCGACUUCAGCCGGCGGACAGCAGCUGAACAAGUGCAUUGAAAUUCUCAAUGACAUGGUCUGGAAAUACAACAUAGUCACACUGGACAGACUCAUUCUCUGUUUGGCGAUGCGUAGCCAUGAGGGCAACGAGGCUCAGGUUUGCUACUUCAUAAUCCAGCUGCUACUGCUGAAACCCAACGAUUUCAGAAACCGAGUCAACGAUUUUGUCAAGGAGAACUCCCCGGAGCACUGGCUACAGAGCGACUGGCACAACAAACACAUGAGCUACCACAAGAAAUACCCAGAGAAGUUGUACUUUGAGGGUCUUGCAGACCAAGUCAACCCCCCCAUGCAGCUCCAGCCUCAGUAUCUGCCAAUCUACUUUGGCAACGUGUGUUUGCGCUUCCUGCCCGUCUUUGACAUCGUCAUUCACCGCUUCCUGGAGCUUCUUCCUGUGUCCAAGUCGCUAGAAACACUGCUGGAUCAUCUGGGAGGGCUGUACAAGUUCCAUGACCGCCCUGUCACGUACCUGUACAACACGCUUCACUACUAUGAACGACACUUGAGAGACAGAACCAACCUGAAGAGAAAGCUGGUGCACGCCAUCAUGUCUUCUCUAAAAGACAACCGUACACCAGGCUGGUGCCUUAGUGAGACCUAUCUGAAGUGUGGUAUGAACGCCAGAGAGGACAACGUGUGGAUCCCUGAUGACACCUACUACUGCAAGCUGAUUGGACGCCUGGUCGACACCAUGGCGGGAAAGUCACCAGGUCCUUUCCCCAACUGUGACUGGAGGUUCAACGAGUUCCCCAACCCUGCAGCCCACGCUCUGCACGUCACCUGUGUGGAGCUGAUGGCUCUGGCUGUGCCGGGAAAGGAUGUUGGCAAUGCUCUGCUCAACGUUGUGUUGAAGAGCCAGCCACUGGUUCCCAGAGAGAACAUCACAGCUUGGAUGAACGCCAUUGGCCUUGUGAUCACUGCACUUCCUGAGCCAUACUGGAUCGUUCUCCAUGACCGCAUUGUGUCUGUGCUCGGCUCUCCGGCACUGACAUCAGAGACCCAGUGGGCUGGUUAUCCCUUCGCCCUGCUGGAUUUCACAGCCUGCCACCAGAGCUACAGUGAAAUGUACUGCAGUUACGUGCUUGCGUUGGCACACGCCGUCUGGCACCACUCAUCCAUUGGACAGAUGUCUCUGAUUCCCAAAUUCUUAUCAGAGACUCUGAAGCCCAUCGUCCAGACAGAAUUCCAGCUACUCUACGUCUAUCACCUGGUCGGACCGUUCCUGCAGCGCUUCCAGCAGGAGAGGACGAGAUGCAUGUUGGAGAUCGGCGUGGCCUUCUAUGAGAUGCUGCAGGCAGUCGACCAGCACUGCCAACACCUCAGCUACAUGGACCCCAUCUGUGACUUCCUUUACCACAUUAAAUACAUGUACACUGGAGACAGUGUGAAGGAGCAGGUUGAGAAAAUCAUCAUGACUUUACGCCCGGCCAUGAAGCUGCGACUGCGCUUCAUCACGCACAGCAGCCUUGCGGAGACUUCGUCGUCAGCCGCAGCCGCCGCCGCCGCCUCCACCUCCACGUCCGCCCCUCCCUCCUCCUCCACCCCUCAGCCCCCGCCCACGUCGCUGUCGUCGUCCUCUGCCGCCGCCUCGCCCUCCACCGCGCAGCACGCGCACACGCCCAUGUAGGCGGCCGAAGGGGGAAAUGCAGAAACUGUCGCGGCCGUGGACCUAGAUCAUGAGCACGUGACCUUUAGAGCUGCUUGUGUGUCCUGAAAACUGAAGCAUGGAUGAAUGCAGUCCAAACUACUACACAGUCAGUCAGUUAAUACAUUUUUAAACUUUAAAAGAAGUCAGAUGGACUGAUAUAUAUAUAUUUAGAUAACCCCUGUCUAGUAGUGACAUACUGUAAGGAAACAGCGUUGUUAUUAUCAUCAUAAUGUAUUUUUUUUAUUAUUGUUUUUCUUUUUGC